AUGAAUGCUGCUUUACCUUCGUUACAAUUGAAUAUUGAUUAUACAGCUUUGAAGGCAGAUAUCAAUGAUUUCUUAUCACAUUUCAAACAGGAUGUUACCACUUUAGAAGACGAAGACGAAGACGUAGAUCUUGAUGAAGAGAUUGGCAAAGGUCCUAAAUAUAUGAAAAUGCUACAAAAAGUUGCAAAUAGAGAUCUAAAUACUAUUUUAAUUGAAUUAGAUGAUGUAUUACAAUUUCAAAAUGAAAAAUUUAUUUCAAAUAGUACUACAAGUAAUAUUGAUCUAGUUUCGAACAUUGAAGAAAAUGCUCAACAUUUUACAGAAUUAUUUUCUCGUGUUGUAGAUGAUUUAUUACCAUUACCAACUAAGGAGAUCAACUACAAAGAUGAUGUCCUAGAUGUUAUAUUGACUCAAAGAAGACUAAGAAAUGAAAGAUUAAUCUCUGACAGAUCUAAUGAAUUAAGAACUGAACAUUCUUUAGGAAAUGAAAAUGAUCCGAACUCUUCCCAAUCACAGGCUUUAAGAGAGAUCGCAGAAGAUGAGACAGAAUUAUUCCCUGCAAACUUAACCAGGCGUUAUUUCUUAUAUUUUAAACCUUUAACAAAACGUGCUGCCUAUCGUCAUCACAAGAACGGUAUUAAAAGACAUACUUCAAAACCAUUAUCUGUCAGACAAGUUAAAGGUGAUUUUAUUGGUCAACUGAUCACUGUUAGAGGUAUUGUCACCAGAGUGUCAGAUGUCAAACCUGCAGUUACGGUGAUAGCGUACACUUGUGAUCAAUGUGGUUAUGAAGUUUUCCAAGAAGUCAACACAAGAACUUUUACACCUUUGACAGAAUGUUCUUCUAAAGAAUGUGCUCAAAAUCAAACCAGAGGUCAAUUAUUUAUGAGUACAAGAGCUUCUAAAUUUAGCGCAUUCCAAGAAUGCAAAAUCCAAGAAUUGUCUCAACAAGUCCCUGUUGGUCAUAUUCCAAGAUCUCUAACUAUUCAUGUCAAUGGUAAUCUUGUAAGAUCUUUGACUCCCGGUGAUACUGUCGAUGUUAGUGGUAUCUUUUUACCUUCUCCUUACACCGGUUUUAGAGCUUUGAAAGCCGGUUUAUUAACCGAGACAUAUCUGGAGGCUCAGUUCGUUCUUCAACAUAAGAAGAAAUUCGGUUCUUUUGCCUUAACACCAGAGGCUGAAGCACGUGUGGCUGAUAUUGUUUCUGAAGGUGAUGUUUACAAUAGACUAGCUAAAUCCAUUGCCCCUGAAAUUUAUGGUAACUUGGAUGUUAAGAAAGCCUUAUUAUUACUAUUAGUUGGUGGUGUCGAUAAACGGGUUGGUGAUGGUAUGAAGAUUAGAGGUGAUAUUAAUGUUUGUUUGAUGGGUGAUCCCGGUGUUGCCAAAUCUCAAUUAUUGAAAUCUAUCUGUAAGAUUACUCCAAGAGGUGUUUACACAACCGGUAAAGGUUCUUCAGGUGUUGGUUUAACUGCUGCCGUGAUGAGAGAUCCAGUGACGGACGAAAUGAUCUUAGAAGGUGGUGCCUUAGUUCUUUCAGAUAAUGGUAUUUGUUGUAUUGAUGAAUUUGAUAAGAUGGAUGAAAGUGAUAGAACCGCUAUCCAUGAGGUCAUGGAACAACAAACCAUCUCUAUUGCUAAAGCUGGUAUCAACACUACAUUGAAUGCUAGAACAUCUAUCCUUGCUGCAGCCAAUCCUGUCUAUGGUAGAUAUAACCCAAGAUUAUCACCAUUAGAAAAUAUUAAUCUACCUGCUGCUUUGCUCUCUAGAUUUGAUAUAAUGUUCUUAAUGUUAGAUACACCAGAGAGAGAAAGUGAUGAAAAACUUGCUGAACAUGUUGCUUAUGUUCACAUGCAUAAUAAACAACCAGAUUUAGAUUUCGAACCAGUGGAUUCCUCAAGAAUGCGUGAAUUUAUUGCAUUUGCAAAGACAAUGCGUCCAAUCCUAAGUGAUGAAGUUAACGAAUAUGUGGUACAAGCUUAUAUUCGUUUAAGACAAGAUUCUAAACGUGAAAUGGAUUCUAAAUUUUCAUUUGGUCAAGCUACGCCGAGAACAUUGUUAGGUAUAAUUAGAAUGUCACAAGCAUUAGCCAAACUAAGAUUAUCAACAACUGUUGAUAUUGAUGAUGUCGAAGAAGCUUUAAGAUUAUUACGUGUCUCUAAGGAAUCUCUAUAUCAAGAAAAACGUCAAAACCGUGAGGAUGAAAAUCCAACCACUAAAAUAUUCACUAUCAUUAAGAAGAUGUCUCAAGAUAGUGCUGGUAUACCUGGUCGUGAAAGUAAUGCAUUAUCAUAUGAUAGUAUUGUGAAGACUGUAAGAUCUAGAGGUUUCACUAUGUUACAAUUGACUAACUGUAUCCAAGAAUACAGUUAUUUGAAUGUAUGGCAUCUAAUUAAUGAUGGUACAGUGUUAAAGUUUGUUGAUGACGAGACUUUAGAACCUCAAACACAGGAGAGAUCCCCAUUAGGCAAUACUCCAGUUCUAACAGCGGCUGCUGCUGAAGAUGAGGACCAAGAAAUGGAGUAA